CCACGUCGACCUGCACUCUCGCCAUAUUUUCAACUCUGUGGAACCAGCAGACCCGUGUAUCCGCACAAAGUUACCGGGAGAGGCUUUACGAGGCAGCAGAAGGUGUGCACAGCCUGAUUCGGAGCGAAACAAGAAGUGAGAUCUUCGACGUCCUUCUUCUAGCGGUGUUUAUUUAUCCUGCAGAAAUGAACAUCUUCAGACUGACAGGGGACCUUUCUCAUCUCGCUGCCAUCAUCAUCCUCCUCCUGAAAAUAUGGAAAAGCAGGUCGUGCGCAGGUAUUUCUGGAAAGAGCCAGAUUCUGUUUGCGCUCGUGUUUACAACACGUUACCUGGAUCUGCUCACCUCGUUCAUCUCGCUGUAUAACACCAGCAUGAAGGUGAUCUACAUCAGCUGUGUGUACGCCACAGUCUACCUGAUCUACGUGAAAUUCAGGGCCACCUAUGAUGGAAACCACGACAGUUUCAGGGUGGAGUUCCUGAUUGUUCCUGUCGGGGGUCUUGCGGUUCUCAUCAACCAUGACUUCUCCCCCUUGGAGAUCCUUUGGACGUUCUCCAUCUACCUGGAGUCCGUGGCCAUCCUUCCUCAGCUCUUCAUGAUCAGCAAGACCGGGGAGGCUGAGACCAUCACCACCCACUACCUGUUCUGCCUGGGCCUGUACCGGGCCCUCUAUCUUUUCAACUGGAUCUGGCGUUACUACUUCGAGGGCUUCUUUGACAUGAUCGCUAUCGUGGCGGGUGUGGUCCAGACCAUCCUCUAUUGUGACUUCUUCUACCUUUAUGUUACCAAAGUGUUGAAAGGCAAGAAGCUGAGCCUGCCGGCGUAACGACCAUCAGGAGGAGACGGCGGCUCCCGGCAGCCUCGGGGAGGUGCAGAGAGGACAUUGUGGAUUCUCGUGACCUAUAGAAACAGAUGCCUGAAACAGAGAGCCAACUAUCAGGGGGAAAAAAACACUAGUUAUCUUGAUGAUUGCAGAUGGAACUGGUAAAACACCAACGAAACACCAGAGCUGAACAAAGAUCGUCUCAGAACAACUUAUGGAUUUCUGUGUUCAGCGUCUUGCCUUAAACUUCUUUUCAUUGCUGUUUAAAAUAGGAGUUUUCUUUUUUUUUUCUUUUUACAUGUGAGGUGUAUUCCCUUUUCUCCCCCUAUCGAUUUGUUUUAUUUUUUUAUAUAUAUAAUGUCACAGAAAUAGAUUCUGAAAUCACCUGUUUGACCUAAAGAAAUGCACAAAACAAAGUGUCCCAUUAAAGAGUGAGAUAAAUCUGAGUGCUUGAUGAGGAUUCUGUCCACUCUCGCAGUAUUUUAUGGUUUUUGUCUCAGAAUUUCACUAAAACAUGAUUUAAAGAGGCCAAGUUUUGAUUUCUUAGAAACAAAAAGAAAUGUUUUAACAAAGUCUUGCCAAAAAUGUUUUUUAAAGAAGAACUCAUGAGAUUUUGAAUUGAAAGAAUAGUUUAUACAUGAAUUUGCUUUAAAGUUAGCAUAUUUUUGGCGRAGCAGUAUUUUUACAGUGCUUCUCGUUUGAAAUUCAAAACUACUUUACUGGUCUCUUUUUUUAUUUCUCCUGUUUUCCUUUGCUGUUUGUUAAAAACCUAAAACUGUUGCUUUAUUAUAAACCUCAGAGAAUUUUGCUUCAUAUGURUGGUAGAGAUCAAGCUCAGGCUUAGUUUUGGCUGUUUUUGCACUCCGGUAACAAGAACAUGUUUCACAAACUUCUUUUAGCCGUAAUGUAAAAAUCUGAGGCUGAGAUGUUUUAUUUUGAAAAGACAGAUUGUAAAUUUUUUGCAUUUUUAGGUAUCAU